AUGAAGGCUUCCAUUGGAGCCUUGGCGCUCCUGUUGGCCCAACAGGCCUCCGCCGCCUACAUCCCCAGCAGCAAGAUCCAAAACCUCAAUGGACGCUCUAGUGGCGGAGAGGAAUGCUCAGAUGGUCACUGCGGCGGUGGCAUCGGAGGUGGCAUCGGAGGUGAAGUCGGCGGUGGCAUUGGCGGUGAAAUCGGCGGUGGCAUCGGUGGUGACAUCGGUGGUGGCAUCGGUGGUAGCAUCGGCGGUGGCAUUGGCGGCGGCAUCGGCGGAGGUAUUGGUGGUGGCAUCGGCGGAGGUAUUGGCGGCGGCAUCGGUGGUGGUAUCGGUGGAGGAGGUGACUGCCACGGUGAUGACUGCGGCGGAGAUGACUGCCCAGACGGCCAUUGCGGUGGAGAUGACUGCCCAGAUGGUCACUGCGGUGGUGGCAUCGGUGGUGAAAUUGGAGGUGGUAUUGGCGGUGGCAUCGGAGGAGGCAUUGGCGGAGGUAUUGGCGGCGGCAUCGGUGGUGGCAUCGGUGGUGGUAUUGGCGGUGGCAUCGGAGGAGGCAUUGGCGGCGGCAUCGGUGGUGGUAUCGGUGGAGGAGGUGACUGCCACGGUGAUGACUGCGGUGGAGAUGACUGCCAUGGUGAUGAUUGCGGUGGAGAUGACUGCCCAGAUGGUCACUGCGGUGGUGGCAUCGGUGGUGGCAUCGGUGGUGGCAUCGGCGGAGGUAUUGGUGGUGGCAUUGGCGGCGGCAUCGGUGGUGAAAUUGGAGGCGGCAUCGGUGGUGGCAUCGGUGGUGGUAUUGGCGGUGGCAUCGGAGGAGGCAUCGGAGGAGGCAUUGGCGGCGGCAUUGGUGGUGGCAUUGGUGGUGGUAUUGGCGGCGGCAUUGGCAUCGGCAUUGGAGGAGACUGGUGGGGAGGUCCCCCAGUCUGCUUCCCGGUCCCAGACAACACUCCCGUUGAAUGUACCCCUGAAGAGGAAGGCGGCUUCGACUGGAGCGGUCUCAUUGAAGGUGCUUUCCAGUUCUUCGGUGGCUUCGACUUCUCCGGCUGGACCUGCAACCCUAACUUCAACAAGCCUGGCUGGAAGCCCAAGUUCAGUCCCAAGUGUAUCACUGCUACUCUCGGAUGCGAACCUGAAGGCAACCUGCCCACGAUCUCCCGACCCGGCUCUGGCUUCUCUAUCGAGUCUCUCGAGGUCUCUGCCGAAGUUACUGUUGAUGUCGUCUUCCUUUAUACCAUGCGCGAUGGUUCCGUUUGCCGUCAAGUCGAGACCUGCGGACCAGAGGGUGUCCUUGUCCGCAACAAGCAGUGCGGUGGUGCUAUUGACGUGAAAUUCCAUCUCGCAGUCCACAGCAAGGUCAAGGUCUGCGUGGUUGCUAUCCACAAGAUCAACUUCGUUUGCGGCCCGCCAACCAUCCCGACCAUCUCUAUCCCGCCAUCACAGACGCACACCGUCCCAUCUACUGGUAUCCCAACCUCCGCACACCCAACUGUUCCAGCUCCCAGCUCCAGCGUCAUGACCAGCGACUCCCCAGUCACUACCCCUGCUCCUUCCCUGACCACUUCCACCGUCUACACGACUUCGAUGAUGACCAUCACCAGCUGCCCACCAGAAGUCACCAACUGCCCUUCAGAUUCCACCACAGUUGUUACUUCUACCAUCCCUAUCUCUACCACAGUUUGCCCAGUUUCUAGCACCUACACCCCCGUUCCAUCCACUGGUCCCAGCUCCAGCGAGCACGGAGGUAUCCCCGGUGAAACCAGCUUCACAUCUGGUGUUGAGCCAACUUCUACUGGCCCUGCUCCUGUUCCUACCACAUGGGUCACUCACUCCACUUCUACCGUCUACACUACUUCGAUCAUGACCAUCACUAGCUGCCCACCAGAAGUCACCAACUGCCCUGGCUCUACUGGAGUUGUUACUUCUACAAUUGCUAUAUCCACAACUGUCUGCCCUGUUACCCUCACCCAGACCGCCCCAACUGAGGGUGUUCCAGGCCAGACUCCUGUCCCAUCUGCUCCAGGUGCUCCAGGUGCUUCUACUGUUCCUGGCCAGCCCGAACCAUCUGCUCCAGGUGCUCCAGGUGCUUCCACUGUUCCCGGCCAGCCCGAACCAUCUACUCCCGGCGCCCCAGGUGCCCCUGUCCCAGUUCCAUCCGGUCCUGGUGCUCCGGGCGCUACCACUGUUCCUGGCCAGCCUCCUGUCCCAUCUGCCCCAGGCCAGCCAGUUCCAUCUGCUCCUGGUGCUCCAGGCCAGCCUCCCGCUCCACCUCAGGCACCAGUCCCCUACCCACCGGUUGUUCCCAAGUGUAUGACCACCUGGAUUACCCUGCUUAAGUGUAAAUCCAACAGCGACACCGAGUGCUUCUGCCCAUCCCCUGAUUACGUUAAGAUGGUUAUCGACUGUAUCGUCUCCUGGGGAGCCGAUGACAAAGAGGUCCAAGCUGCCCUCACCUUCUUCGCUGGUAUCUGCGCUUCUCAUAUUCCCGGCAAUCCUGCUAUCAUCACUGCGAUCCCAACAACCGUCGUCAUUGGCCCAACUGCUGUACCCAGCGGCCCAGCAGCUACUUCGAUUCCACAGACUACUGUCACAAUCACACCACCUUCCAACGGCACUGCCACUAGCAUGACGGUCACCAUUCCCAUGGUUACCCUCACUCCAUCCUCUGUGCCCGGCGGUUCCCCAACUGUCAUCUUGGCUCCUGGCGUUCCUGCUUCCACUACUGGUGGUGGUGUCUCCCCAACCGAGGUUCCUGGCAGUGCUCCCGCACCCGGUGCCCCAGGUGCCACUCCACCAUAUGGCAGCACUGGCUUCAUGACUGUCCCCCCAACUGGUGCUGUUCCACACCCUACUUCCACAACCGAGCCCUACAUCGGCGCUGCUUCUGGCCUUGAGGCUCUCUUCUCCCAACGGGUAAUGAUGGCCAUCACUGCCGUUGUCGGUUUGAUUCAGUUCGCCCUCUAG